ACUACAGCAAUCAUGCACUCAAAAGCUGCUGAAGUAUGAACUAUUCAGUGCAACAGGUUUAUCCACUAUGUUUGUUCCACAUGCCACUGCCCACAUGGGCAUAAAGUGACAUGCAUCAUAUUGCACAGUUUCACUUUGUGAGCGGUGUGUUCGAGAUUCACCAUCAGAGCAAACGCAGGAGUUACACCUACAGUGGAAAGAAUACUGGAUAACUGGAAAACUGCAACUCAACCUGCUGCUGAUUUCACGUUUGAAAAGGAGUUUUAAAAGAGCGACAGCAAAGUGAAAGUAACUUUUAAGGAACUUCCGCAGUUGACUGGUUUGCAUUGUUCUGCCUGCUGUGUUUCCUGCUUCACCCAGCGACAAAAUGUCUUCUAAAUUAGUAAAGGAUCUCUCCUGUCCUGUCUGCCAUGAUAUCUUCAAAGAACCGGUUGUUCUGUCGUGCAGCCACAGCUUUUGUAACGACUGUCUGCAGAGAUGGUGGACAGAGAAACUGAUUCACGAGUGUCCACUUUGUAAGAAAAUAACUUUGCUGAAUGAUCCACCUCGUAACUUGGUGUUAAAGAAUCUGUGUGAGGCCUUUUUACUGGAAAGAGAUCAGAGAGCUUCAGCUGAGCCUCUCUGCAGUCUGCACUCUGAGAAACUCAGACUCUUCUGUCUGGACCAUCAGCAGCCAGUGUGUGUCGUCUGUCGGGACUCUAAAACACACAACAACCACAGAUUCAGACCCAUCGAUGAAGCUGCACAGGAUCACAGAGAGGAGCUCCAAAUAACUUUGAAGCCUUUACAAGAGAAACUGAAGCUGUUUGAACAAGUUAAAAUAAACUAUCAUCAAACAGCAGAACACAUUAAGGUCCAGGCCCAACACACAGAGAGGCAGAUUAAGGAGCAGUUUAAGAAGUUUCACCAGUUUCUAAAAGAGGAAGAGGAGGUCAGGAUCACUGCUCUGAGGGAGGAAGAGGAGCAGAAGAGUCAGGUGAUGAAGGAGAAGAUGGAGGCUCUGAGCAGAGAGAUAGCAGCUCUGUCACACACAGUCAGAGCCACAGAGGACGAGCUGAGAGCUAAAGACGUGUCAUUCCUGCACAACUACAAGGUUACAGUGGAAAGAGUCCAGCAGCGCCCCCUGCUGGAUGAUCCACAGCUGGUCUCAGGAGCUCUGAUAGACGUGGCCAAACAUCUGGGCAACCUGACCUUCAACAUCUGGAAAAAGAUGAAGGAGAUGGUCUCCUACAGUCCUGUGAUUCUGGAUCCAAACACUGCUGAACCACAUCUCAUCCUGUCUGAGGAUCUGACCAGUGUGCAACGUGGAGAGAAACAGAAGCUUCCUGUAAACCCAGAGAGGUUUAAGAUCCACCACUGUGUCUCAAGCUCAGAGGGAUUUCACUCAGGGACUCACAGCUGGGAUGUUGAGGUUAAAAGAGGUCAAUCCUGGACCCUCGGUGUGGUAGGAGAGUUUGCUCUAGGAAAGGAAAAAAUACAUGCUGGAUUCUGGGAAUUAUGUCUCCUUGAUGGCAAAUACACAGCAGCCUCACCACCACUUUCAGAUAAAGUUCUCUCAGUGAAGAAUAAGCCCCAGAGAAUCAGAGUUCAGCUGGACUGUGAAGGAGGAAAGCUGUCGUUCUAUGAUCUUGAUACUAACACACACAUACACACCUUUGGAGACGUACAAACCUUUAUCUUUACCGACACUGAAUGGCUGUUCCCGUACAUUAGGAACAACAAUGAACUCCCACUUAAGAUAUUACCAGCGCCAGUCUCUGUAACAGUGGAGCAGUGCACAAUCCCUACAAGUGUCUGGCAGAGUUUCUCUAUGCUAUUAAACUAGGCCAUAGGCCUGCUCAAUGCACAGUUCUAUACAUGUUCUAUGAGUUUAGAUGAAACAAAGAAAUGUUUUAUGCGGUUUGAAAGUUUUUUGUCUGUUUGUCGGCAGGUUUUCAACACAGGGUAAAUUUCUGUAUAUGAAUGAAUAGAGGAGAGUGUGAGUGUGUCAGGGAUAAAAGAACCAUGUUCAUGGGACUUUUUGAGACUUAGUUGUGUAAAAAAUGUACUGAUGGUUUUAAAUGAAAAGUUAUAGAUUUCAUGGAUGUUGUUAGUGUUAUUGAGUUUCCUUUUUGUGUGGUGGUGAUGAUGAAACUUGAUACUGGAGACAGCGUGAUUAUGGUAAUGUUCAUCCUCUCAGUGAUGAUAAGAAGAUAAGGUUACAGAUGUAUCAUGGAAAGUAUGUAUGCAUAUAGUAGAGCUCAUUUGAUACUGAAUAUUUGCUGCUCAUAGGGAUAUUUGAAUUUUAAGGAUACAAUGUGUAAUAUAAAAUAAUAUAUUGCCAGAUAUAAUUUUUUGUAUAUAAAUAUAUCAGUUAUAACAUGAUUCAUUUUAUAAUAUCCCUCCAGUCUGUGAGCAUAAGAUCAGAUUAGAAUUUUAUUUUAUAAAUGGCUUGUUUUGUAUGUUUUCCUUUUAGCUGCCUUGCUAAUAACUUCUAUGGUUGUUACCUAGUUUAAAAUGUCUCUGUUUUAGUCACAUGUUCUCUUUUGUUCUCCAAGAACGGAGCUGUACUGAUAUUUUACUGUAAGGGUGUCAUUAUAAUCUGAAUGAAGUAAAGAGUUUUUGUGAGCCCAUUCUGCUUUUAGUAAUUCCUUCGAUUGUCUUUCAAUCUACCUUGUUCUGCCUUUCUUACUGUUGUUUUGAAGGAAAAUUAUUUGUAGUCUGAUUCAC